AUGAUUAAUACCAAUCUAAAGGUCUUUGGCCCACUUGCCACAGUGACGGUACACAUUGAUGGGCCCCGCUGCAAUGAAAAAGCCCGCGCUUAUAAAGACCGAGAUGCUAAGCGUACAACAACUGGUGCAAAGCUCGAUACACUCAUAGCCAACAUAGAAAUUAAGCCCACUGAAGGGAAAUGGGAAUCUUGGAGCCAUAUGAUUCCCAUUAAAAAGAAUCUUCGACAGCUCUUCACAUUCAGUCAUAACGAGAAGAGGGGACUCGCAGCACCAUUUGACCGAUACAAUAACUUCUUAAUCUGCCAUUGCGGCAAUGAAGCUGAUGUAUGCUUUGCCGUCAAAUGUACGCCAACCAGUAUCGCUGUAUCUGGGGGCUCUGGUCUUUUUACCUAUUGUUCUAUACAAAGAGUUCUUCGUCUAAUCUCUCAUCGCCAUCACAUUUAUGUGCAUGAGAAGCAAGAUGUCCUGGAAACCCUUGGAUUUUCAAGUGACAUUCCACUCCUGGUCUAUGACAUUGUAUCCGAUCACGAUUACAUCCCAAAUAUCUCAACUGUUGGUCUUGCUACAAACAUGAAGGCUCUUUCAGUAGUCAUUGACACUGAUGCCGAAAAGUUGGCGGCAUUAUUCAAACCCAAGCUUUGCAACAACCAACCGCUAAAGGAAGGUGGAGGCUUGACUACUGCCAAGGAUCGACGGUUGAAGAGAGCCCACCCCACUACUGCAUUAACUCUGGGUACGCUUAAGACGUGUAUAGUUGCCAAGCUGAACUCCAACUCCGAUCCCAAUCUCAAUCCCGAUCAUGGCGCAGGCGAUGGCGAUGGCGGUGGUGAUGGAGAUUAUGACGGGGAUAAGGAUGAUGGUAUCUCACUGGGUGUCAACGAGGUUAGAUAUGAUACUCAUGCACCAUGCCCUCCCCUGGAAACACCAUUAUUAUUGGAUCCAGGCGAGAGGCGCUCGGUGAUAAUUGUAAAGUUGGAUCCAAAAAAAACCCCCUCCAAUGAGCAUGAGAUCCUCCGGAUUCUAGAGCGUAUCUACAAAUCAUCCAAGAGGUUCCGGAUCAAGGCAAUUCUGAAGCUUGCAGGCGGAAGUAAUGGAAGAAGAAGAGGCACCAAUACGAAUGUGGUGAUCUGUAUUGGGCUUGGAUCAUUCAAGGCAAAUCGAGAGCAAGCAUCGAAGCAUGAGAUAUUGACGAAGAAGCUUGUUGGAAAGAAGUAUGCUUUACAAUUUCGACAGUACUUGAAUCGGGGUGCUGUUGGUACUGAAAAUAUUGCAAGGGUCUGUCCUGAAAGGCCUUCGUCUUAA